AUGCACGGCAGAGUAAAAGUUCGAACAACUGAAGAAGAAAAAGCAAGGAAAGAAAAAGAGCGCCAAGAGAAACUUAAAGUUUUUGAACAUGCAAUGCAAAAGAUCCAACAGAAACGAAAAGAUGCUGAAUAUGAUAAAGAUCUUUUAGAUCUCACAGGGAAAGUAUUGUCGUCUAAUCCUGAUAUUUAUACAUUGUGGAAUAUAAGAAGGGAGAUACUCAAAAUAUUUAAAAAAAAUAAUGAAACAGAAGAGCUACCACAGCAAUAUGAUGCUGAACUUCAUUUGACUGAGUACUGUUUGAAAACUAAUCCCAAAUCAUAUGGUGCCUGGCAUCAAAGGGAAUGGGUGCUGACCACUAGAAAUGAUCCUGACUGGCAAAAAGAACUUUCAUUGUGCAAUAUGUAUCUGAAGCUUGAUGAAAGAAAUUUUCACACAUGGGACUACCGGAGAUUUGUGGUUAGUAAAUGCAAUCCAUCACUAAAAGAUGAAUUUGAUUUCACUACAGAUAAGUUAUAUGACAACUUUUCAAACUAUUCAGCAUGGCAUUACAGAAGCAAGAUAUUAGUGGCACUAUAUCCAGAUUUGGAAGGGGGAAGGCCAAUAGAAGACAUUCAUCACAAGCAGGAACUAAAAAUAGUACAAAGUGCAGCAUUUACUGAUCCUGAUGACACUAGUGCUUGGUUCUAUCAAAGAUGGUUGCUAGGAGCUGUAAAAACUACUACAAAAGUGGUGGUCUAUGUUGUAACUCCAGUGAAGAUAACUAUAGCAUUUAAUAAAUAUGUGGAACACAAAUACGUUGGUUCUAAAAUCAGAAUAUUUUGUAAUAAUAAUUUAGUUAAGGGUGAAUGGUUCUCGUGUACCAAAAACCAAUUUGAUGUUUUGUGGAUACUGAAACAUGAUACUGUGAUUACUGAGAAUGAUGUUAUUAAGAUGGAGUAUGAUAUGGAAGAUGGUAAUAUACAAACUAUUCUGAGUGUGAAACUAAAUACAAAUACUUAUGUAGGUAAAAAUGAAAUCAGUUUUGAAAGAAAGUAUUCCAAACCAGUAGUUGAAGAGUUGACUACACAGCUUUUGGCAUGUAGGCAACUGCUUGCCAUGGAACCAGACAAUAAGUGGACUCUCUUAACUACCACAGUUUUUCUUCACUGCAUUGAUGCUAAACAAAAUCACAAAGAGGUUAUAAAAAAUUUACAUACAUUAAAAACUAUUGAUAAAUUACGAGCCGGAUAUUAUGAUGAUUUACUUACAAAGUGGAGUAUAGAAGAUCAACUUUCUAUGGAUUAUGUUAACGACAGUGAUUGCUUUAAAAUUAUGUUUAAAGACAAGAUAACAAGCUUGCCACACUUACAAUAUUAUAGUUAUUGUGAAACUGUUGAUUUAUCUAAUCAAAAUUUAACAUCAAAUAUAUUACCUUCUUUAAUUAUACUUCAACAUUGCAAGAAAUUAUCAUUAGAAAAUAACAAACUGAAAACUUUAUCCAACUUACCUAACUUGAAUUUAGAAGUUAUAAAUUUGAAAGGAAAUACUGAACUAGCACAAGAAGUGGAAUUAUUUAAAAAAAAGUGCAAUUAUACUGUAAUUUAUUAA